UUGUCGUCGUCGUCGUCGUCGUAAUAUAGUCGUCAUCUUCGUAAGGCUGCCCGCCGCGUGAGACUCAUGAUCAGAAUAUCGCACCAACAUUCAGUCAGUGGACUCCAUCGAGACGAGAACAAGUUUUGCUAAGCGAGUCAAUUGUGUGUGACCUUUGCAGUUGUCGUCGUCUAGUGCCGUGGAAUUUCGUAGAAUACAUUUGAAAUCCAUUGGAACCAGGAGAUAUAUUUCCGGGAUCCAGGACAGAGGAGAUGAUUCUUGGUUGAUUCUGGAAGUUUGAAGUGCUUAACGAUGUGUCGAGCUCUGAUUUUUGCGGCGCAGAUGGUGUGGUUCGGAUUGGCGAUUGCAAUUCCAAUGUACGAUAAUGAUCGCUUCGAGGGCGACAGCUGUACAUUGGCGGAUGGAGUAACCAGCGGAACGUGUCGCCGGGAUGUGGACUGUGACUACCUGAAGAGCGCACCGAAAAAGGACUGGAAACGGUGUUCGUUUGAUAAGAAUGUCUCGAUCGUUUGUUGUCACGAUAAAUCUCCGAGUGUCCUACAGGGAUCUCCGAACCUGCUUCGAAGCGGCUUCAUAAGUGAACGCAUGUGUGAUGGAUUUCCAUUGUUUCCGGAGGCUAAUAAUCAUAUUCUCCAUGGAACUCUAGCAGAUAUAAAUGAUUUUCCCUACUUGGGCGCGUUGGCGUUCCAAGAUGAAAACGAGGUGACAUUUCGUUGUGGAGCCAAUCUCAUAUCGCGUGAAUAUGUGCUAACAGCAGCUCAUUGCUUGACUGUGGAGAAGCCGACGUUCGUUCGACUCGGAGCUGUGAGAAUUUUUGACAACAAUGACACUACGGAUAAGCCCGUUGAUGUUGGAAUCGAGAAAGUUAUCAUGCAUCCAAACUAUAGAAAACGCCCCCUAUCGAAUGAUAUUGCUCUACUCAAGCUAAAUCGUACCGUAGACGAAGAAUUUCUUACACCCGCAUGUUUGUACACGAAUUCAACUGACCCAGCGCCAAAUGUGCGCCUAUCAAUUGCUGGCUGGGGUACUAACGAGUCGAUUGACUCUCAAAUGUCGCCAGACCUAAUGAAGGCCCAUGUGACCACAUUUGAACGAGAUGAAUGCAACUUUACACUGCUGCAGGACAAAACUCCCCGAAACAAGAUACAGCAACUGAAUGGUGACCAGCUGUGUGCCCUCGGUAGGAACUCUACAGGCGACAACACGGGCGACACGUGCGUUGGAGAUUCUGGUGGACCGCUGGAGCUGGCCAUUGAUCGGCGAAGAUACAUCGUGGGCCUAACGUCCACUGGGAAGAUUUGCGGUACGAAGUUCCCCGGUAUUUACACUCGGGUAUCACAUUUCAUCGAUUGGAUUGAGUCGGUCGUGUGGCCAGCUUAAAAGUGGAUGGAUUAGACUGAGCUUCAAGUUUGGGGUUUGAUAUUGAAGCAAAAAAGUAAAAUGUGUAGAACCGUAAUGUGAAUAAAUAUAUAUAUCGAAAU